AUGGCGAAGGAAGAUCUCAUUAAGGCGGUUCUGUAUAUUUUGAAUAUUCUGUACGCAGUGUUCGGUUUAGUGACAGCCGCGACUGGUAUCUGGUUCUUUGUGGAGUUAACCGAAUUCGUUACGCUGAGGAACACCAACCAUUACCUGCUGGACUAUCGGGUGUAUUGGCCUCAGGUGGCACCAUGGUUCUUCAUACUGCUGGGACUGUUCGUUAUGAUGGUGGCAGUAUGCGGUUGGUGUGGUACAAACAAAGAAAGCAGAGGCCUCUUGGGGCUUUACACGAUAUUUUUGAUCCUGAUCAUUCUUGGACAAGUGAUUGCCGCUACUCUGAUCUUUAUAUUCGUGGACGGUGAUGCGACUGACAGGUUCAUCAAGGACACAGUGUAUGAUGGUUACUACAAUUCCCAAUCAAACCCUGACGUGUUCAAGCAGUUCGGACGGAUCGAGAGGAAGCUCCGAUGCUGCGGUGCGAACGAUGCCAGAGAUUACAGGAGCUGGAGGAACGAUCUGCCGCUCACCUGUUGCUUGGACAGUUACUACAGGGCCACGUGUGACUUUACGGACAAGGAAGCUAACGAGAGAUUGGGUUGUGCGAAAGUUGCAGCAGUGUACACGAAAAUCAUCAGUUCUUCGAUCGCUGGUGCCUCUUUGAUCAUAUCGUUGUUGGAAAUAACAGGGGUCAUCCUUGCCUGGAAGUUAUUCAAUUCGUUCCGGGAGGUUGAACACUACAUAACAGAAAGAAAGGAAGGGGAGACGGAGUGUUAA